CGCGUCUCAUAGUCAUCUCCUCUCGCAACGAUCCUCCUCUCGAGAUCACGAUCCCUGAGUGAGUCAGAGAAUCGGGCAGGAAGGAAGCCUGAGAGAAGCCUGAAAGGAACGUCUCUAGAAGAACGAUCAUCAUGGGGCCGGUUGCCGUUGGUUUGCUGUUGGCGUGCCUCGUCUCCGCGGCGUCCGCCAAGCCGGGGAUCUUGUCCGGGCCCCUGAUCGCCACUCUGACCCCGGCGGCGCCGGUUGGGCCGGACGGCCGGGUGCUGGACACGCCGGAGGUGGCCGUGGCCAAGGCGGAACACGCGGCCGCCCAUCUCAACGAGAGAUUGAAGCUGGCCGACGAGGCGGCCAGGUCGGGCGGCGGUGGCCCCUCGCCAUCUCAGGCGACCGUCACCCUCAAACAGCCCUCCCUGCUGGUAGCAACCCCGAGCGUCUUGGUGCCGGGCGCGCCUCUGGGUCCUGACGGAAGGGUGGUCGACACGCCCGAGGUGGCCGUGGCUAAGGCGGCUCACGCAGCGGCCCAGGCGAACGAGAGGCUCAACUUGGCCAACGAGGCGGCUAGGUCCGUCGCUGCGGAUCUCAACAGACCGCUGGUACCUCUGGUCACGAACGGAAUAGUGGCGCCAGCAGUGAUCCAGGCGGCAACGGUGGGCCCCGACGGAAGGGUGCAGGACACGCCGGAAGUGGCGGCGGCGAAGGCGGCCCACGCGGCGGCCCAGUUCAACGAGAGGAUCAACCUGGCCAACGAGGCGGCCAGAUCAGGGGGGACUAUAGUGACGGCUGCCCCGGCAGUGGCGGUGCCCCUAGUGGCCAGCAACGCUGUCGUGGUGCCAGCUGCGCCCAUCGGCCCUGACGGAAGGGUGCAAGACACCCAGGAAGUGGCCGUGGCGAAGGCAGCCCACGCGAACGCUCAUCUGAACGAGAAACUGAACCUGGCCAACGAGGCAGCCAAGUCUGCCGACGUGCUUGCUGUUGCCGGCCCCGCGCUCGCCUAUGGACGCCUCGUCUAUUGAUUGAACCGGUAUCGUUUCUGACACGUUCACCGCUUGCUGCUCGAGUUACUCACACUAGGAGUAGGAAAUCAUGAAAUUUUGUCGUUCGAAAAGGCAAGAGAAGCUUUCAUAAUAAUCCAUAUCAAGUAGUGAUUCAUGAUAUAUAUAUAUAUAUAUGUAAUGUGUGUGUAAAGUUUUCCGACGUAGAAAUAGCUUUUUGUAUGAAAAUUAUUCGUGUUAGAAUAUUAUCGUAGGUUAUCCAGGAUUUGGUCAUCGCAGUGAACGUGUUAAUUAAAAAUAAACGAAGGAUCAUUCGUGAUUAAUUAGUCGAUACUUAUUAGUUGCUCGUAGCGAGGGGAACAUGGGGAUGGGGAACACACGAUAUUCGGUGUUCUCUCGAAGAAGGUAUACCUUUUUUUUUUUCUUCCAACGAUUCGAUUGGCCAGCUUCUGUUUUAUCGUUUAAUUAUUAGAUUCGAGAGCAGAAAAAAAAAUGGGCAAAUUAAUCGUCAUUGCUUUCUUAUCCUUUUCCGUGAUCCUUUUAAUUUUGUGAUGUUAUGAUUUCGAAAAGAUAAAAUUGUUGAAAUACUGCCAUGUAGAAGUGAAACGAUGAUUGUAGACUGGUUUAAAUAAAGUGAAUUUUGAAGAAA